GCCUGCGAUCUUAGAUGGUCUUGCCGAUGAGAAUGAAUCUGUGCGUGAUGCAGCAUUGGGUGCUGGACAUAUCCUUGUGGAGCACUAUGCAACAACGUCAUUACCUUUGCUCCUUCCGGCUGUAGAGGAUGGUAUUUUCAAUGAUAGUUGGCGUAUCCGACAAAGCUCUGUGGAACUGUUGGGAGAUCUCUUGUUUAAGGUUGCUGGGACUUCUGGAAAAGCUUUACUUGAGGGUGGCAGUGAUGAUGAAGGUGCUAGUACUGAAGCACAUGGACGUGCUAUCAUUGAGGUGCUUGGAAGGGAAAAGCGUAAUGAAGUUCUUGCUGCUCUGUAUAUGGUUCGGACUGAUGUCAGUAUUUCAGUGCGUCAGGCUGCAUUACAUGUGUGGAAAACUAUAGUGGCGAAUACUCCAAAAACUCUCAAGGAAAUAAUGCCAGUUUUGAUGAAUACACUAAUUUCUUCUCUUGCAUCCUCAUCCUCUGAGAGGCGGCAGGUUGCUGGACGAUCGUUGGGAGAGCUUGUUAGGAAGCUUGGGGAAAGAGUACUUCCUUUGAUCAUACCAAUUCUAUCCCGAGGGCUGAAGGACCCUAAUGCUAGCAGAAGACAAGGGGUAUGCAUUGGUCUGAGUGAAGUGAUGGCCAGUGCUGGUAAGAAUCAGUUGGUGAGUUUCAUGGAUGAGCUCAUCCCUACUAUCAGGACAGCCCUAUGUGAUAGCGAACCUGAGGUUCGUGAGUCGGCAGGCUUAGCAUUUAGCACUCUUUUCAAGAGUGCCGGAAUGCAAGCAAUUGAUGAAAUAGUCCCAACUCUUCUACAUGCUUUGGAGGAUGAUGAAACCUCUGAUACUGCCCUAGAUGGCCUGAAGCAAAUAUUAAGUGUCAGGACUGCUGCUGUUUUACCUCAUAUUUUGCCCAAGCUUGUCCAUCCUCCAUUAUCGUAUGUUUUAACCGAUACACAUCCCAAAGUCCAGUCAGCUGGGCAGACAGCACUUCAGCAGGUUGGGAGUGUGAUAAGAAUCCUGAAAUAG